AUGGAGAAGGCUGCGGAGCCAAAGAUACCGCAGGAGUUCAUCCUCGACGCCUUCGCCGACCCCACCUCAGUCCGAGAUGUCGUUCGAGGCAUCCUACACACAAUAUUCUUCCACCGCUACUUCCCCACAAUCACCCCGCAGACACACGACGUGCUAGACCUGACCCUCCCCUACGUCGCCGAGCCCGAGCUCGAGACGCUCAUAGCCCAGCGCACCGCCACCCUCAUGCGCGAGCUCGACGCCGACAGGACCCAGCAGCGGUCCUCCUCCCCGGCCUCCCUGCCGCAGCAGGCCCGCGCCGUCGUGGGCGGCUUCCUGGGCUCGCCGAGCCUGGCCUCGGGCGGCGGCGGUGGAGGCGGGGCCAGCAGCGCGAACGGCGGCGGGCGCGGCCAGGUGUCGGUCCAGUUCAUGGAGAAGACGCGGCGGCGUAAGAUGUGGUACAAGGGCGACGAGGAGGUCUGCUGGGAGAGCUGGACCAUACGGGUCACAGUCGCGGAGCCCAGGACGGAAAAUGAGCGCGCCAAAGUCCGCAGGGCCAUGGAGACGACCCUCCUCACGACCGUCAUGAAGAUCAUCACGUCCGUCAACAGCUUCAAGGACCACAUCCCGCCAAUAACCACCACCGAGACCAACCCCUUCCCCUACACCAUCACCGUCAACCAGAAGGACGCCGUCGGCGGUGCUGCCGCCACUGGCGGCGGCGGGUGGGGCGGCCGCUUCGGGGGCUUGUACUGA